AAAUCUGGGGGUGUAAUGUUAUCAUAUAUCACGCUACCUCGUAAAACCGACACCGAAGCCUACCGGACAACAAAUCACCUCAAAAUUAUGAGUUCUUCGUAUUAUGUGAACGCUCUUUUUAGCAAAUAUACGACGGGGGCUGCUUCUCUCUUCCAAAAUGCGGAGCCUACGUCUUGCUCCUUUGCUACCAACUCCCAGAGAAGCGGCUAUGGACCAGGCGCUAGCGCAUUCACCUCCUCCAUGCCUGCCUUGUACAAUGUGAACAGUGCCAUAUAUCAAACCCCGUUCUCUUCCGGAUACAGCCUGGGCUCUGAUACCUACAACCUGCAUUGUUCCUCUUUUGAUCAGAACAUUCCCGUCCUCUGCAAUGACCUAACCAAAUCCAGCUGUGAGAAAGCGGAGGAAAGCAACCUGCACAGCCAGGCUGAGAGUAAUUUCCGGAUAUACCCCUGGAUGAGGUCUUCAGGUCCAGAUCGAAAGAGAGGGCGCCAGACUUACACCCGUUAUCAAACGCUGGAGCUGGAGAAAGAGUUCCAUUUCAACCGCUACCUGACCCGCCGGCGGAGGAUAGAGAUCGCUCACGCCCUGUGCUUGACCGAGAGGCAGAUCAAAAUCUGGUUUCAGAACCGUCGCAUGAAAUGGAAGAAGGAGCAUAAAGAGGACGCCGCUGGAGGCACGGCCGCCGCCAACGAAGAGGCACCCGCCACUACCUCGGUGGAAAAGGUGGAGGAGGAAGAGGAGGAGGAGGAAGAAGAGGACGCAGAAUAAAUGCCAGCGGGAGGAGGAGAAAGCUCGCCCCAGCUUCUUCUCAAAUGCUGUUUGCACGUGACCCGCUGCAAACGCUCCCCUGAAGCUUUCUUUUUCGUUAAAAAAUAAUAACAAACAUAAAACUACCCUUGUUUUUUUUUCAAUGGCCAUUUCCACUCUAAGAGGGUCUGGGGAGAGGGCAGGCAGGGUAGAUCUCUUCCAUUACCUCUAGACAUCCCCUGGCUUAUUAUUCUCAGUCUAAAUUGCAGAAUCCCACGCUGUCCAACAUCUGGGAUAAAUUGGUUUUGGGCAUCCAAGCUGGUAGCCAUUUAUGUUAACAAGUGAUAAAUAACAUAGUUAAUUUUUUAUUGAUAUUUGUGAAAAGAAAAUGAAUCCAACAAUUAACUGUUCUUUGCACAAGGAAAGGGGGGGAGAAAGAGAGAGAGAAAGAGGAAGAGAGAGAGAGAGAGAGAGCGCAAAAGCCCCAAAUAAGUUAGCUUCCAAAUAAACUACCUGACUGCACAGAUCCCAAAAAUCUGAAAGGGAAAAGUGCACUAGGCUUAAUUUCAGACUACCUAAUUUUUCACUAAAGUUCUAUAUACUUCCAAGUGGUUGGACUUUCUGCUUAUUUGUUUAAAUAACUGGGGAUGGGGGUUGGGAUGGGGGAAGAAAUCCUUUUUAAAAAAUAAUAAACCACUACAUUCAAUUGCAAUGGUUCGUACUACCUAUUUUGAAAACUACCUAUUUAGUAACUCCGCCUACCUAUCAACAAAAUUGUAUUGUAUAAAUGAGAAGGGGGUAUCAGUGUUGGUGGGAGACCUUGUCAAGCAAAAACUGUGAGGCCUGCCUGACAUGGUUCAAAGAUUUGGUGGGGAGUACUUACGAAUAUAAUUUAGAGUUUUUAAGACAUAAUAUAUUUAUUGCAAGGCUGUUAUUAAAUUAAAUCAAAUAUGCUGCAAUAUUAGAUUUUUUCUCAAGUCUUCACUAGCCCGAAUUUUAUGGGAUAAAUACUGAUUGUAUCCAUUGUAAAAUCUGCCUUAUCUUUCCUUUCAUAUUGUGCUCCUGAAGGCUGAUUCAGUGUUUCGUUUGAAAUUUGUCCAUUAAUUGUGCUUUAUGCAUUUUAAAAAAAGUUAAGUGAAUUUAAACAACCAUCCCCUGCUCUUUCAUCAGUUUCUUCCCUCACUCUAUACUUGCUCAGAACAAAAGGCUGCAGCUUUCCUACAUUUCAGACAACUUGUGCAUUGGAAAUGUUGCCUGUUCCUUCUGUUUUGAACUCCAUCAUAAACUGGAAAAUCUAUACUAAACUGGGUAACUUUGUAGCAUGAUUACAUUAAAAAAAACUUCUGUAUAAAUAAAUUGCACCAUUAAAGUUUGGCUAAUCUUUAUUCAUAACUUGUAUGUUACAAAUGUGUUUUUUUCUGCUCUGAUCACUGUGAACUUUGAGGUAUUUCAUGUUAAAAUUAGAAGGGGCAGGGAAGUGCGCGUGUAUGUAUGUAUAUGUAUGAAUUAUCUUUGAAGUUUGCUUUUGUGUAUCACCCAAAUGUUUCCAUGUUAUACAGAAAUAAAAAUGCUUGAUGAC